AUGGCCGAGCCAUUACCAUUGAUGGUCACCGCCGAGUUCUCUUUUCUGGUUCUAUCCAUUAUCCUAGAAGCACUCCUGAGAGGAUUCCCAGUGUGGUUGCACAACAUGCCUGGAAUGGUGUUCAGAACUACUAAUAAAGCAUAUAUGGAUGAGAUGCAAAACUUCACAACUAUGAUAGUAGACAUGGUCAAGAAAGAAAAAUUAUUUGCAUCACAAGGAGGCCCAAUUAUUCUUGCUCAAAUAGAAAAUGAGUAUGGAAAUGUAAUGGGACCCUAUGGAGAAUCGGGUAAAGCAUACAUUAAGUGGUGUGCAAACAUGGCUCAGUCUCUUGAUGUUGGUGAUCCAUGGAUAAUGUGUCAACAAAAUGAUGCUCCUCAGCCUAUGUUGAAUACAUGUAAUGGCUUUUACUGUGACAAUUUUGUACCAAACAAUCCCAACACUCCUAAGAUGUGGACUGAGAACUGGACCGGAUGGUUUAAGCAAUGGGGUGGUAAAAAUCCUCAUAGAACAACCGAAGAUGUUGCAUUUUCUGUUGCAAGAUUCUUCCAAAGAGGAGGAACUUUUAAUAAUUAUUAUAUGUACCAUGGAGGCACGAACUUUGACAGAACCGCAGGUGGUCCAUACAUCACAACUUCAUAUGAUUAUGAUGCUCCCCUUGACGAAUAUGGUAAUUUGAGUCAACCAAAAUACGGGCAUUUGAAACAACUUCAUGAUGUUCUUCACUCUAUAGAGAAAACUCUAACAUACGGAAACAUCUCCACCAUUGACUUUGGAAACUCUGCAUCGGCAACAAUUUAUAAAACCGAAGAAGGAUCAAGCUGCUUUUUUGGAAAUGGAAAUGAAAAUUCAGAUGCAACAAUUAGUUUCCAAGGAGAAUCUUACGUUGUCCCGGCUUGGUCUGUUACCAUUUUACCGGAUUGCAAAAAUGAGGCUUAUAACACCGCCAAGAUUACCACACAGACUUCAAUGAUGGUUAAGAAACCAAAUGAAGCUGAGGAUACCCCUUCAACUCUGAAAUGGUCAUGGACACCAGAAAACAUGGACAACUUCCUUUUGAAAGGAAAAGGAGAAUCUACACAUACACAACUAUUUGAUCAGAAAGUAGUCACCAAUGACCAAAGUGAUUAUCUAUGGUACAUGACUACCGUUAAGUUUAAAAAACGAGAUCCUUUUGUGGGUAAAACCAUGUCUCUUCGCAUCAACAGUACUGCUCAUGUCCUUCACGCUUUCGUCAAUGGAAAAAAUAUUGGUAAUCAACACGCUGAGAAUGGAAAAUUUAACUAUGUAUUUGAGAAAGAUGUGAAGUUUAAGUCUGGUCGUAAUGUCAUUGCUCUUCUUAGCAUAACUGUGGGACUUGCGAACUAUGAUGCUUUCUUUGAAAGUAAGCCGGCUGGAAUCACUGGACCCAUUUUUAUUACUGGAAUAAAUGGUGAUGAAACUAUAGUUAAGGACUUGUCUGCUCAUAAAUGGAGCUACAAAACCGGUUUAAAUGGGUUUGACAACCAACUCUUUAGAACGGAAGCAAUGUCUAAAUGGUCAGUUGAAAAUGUACCGUUUAACCGAACCAUGACUUGGUAUAAGGCUACAUUCAAGUCUCCCUUGGGAAAUGAUCCAGUUGUUGUCGAUCUUAUGGGACUUGGAAAAGGUACAGCUUGGGUCAAUGGAAACAACAUUGGGCGUUAUUGGCCGGCAUUCAUUUCAAGCGAAAAUGGUUGUGAUGCAAAAUGUAAUUAUAGAGGUGCUUAUCAUGCUGAAAAAUGUCUGACCAAUUGUGGAGAACCCACACAAAGAUGGUACCAUGUUCCUCGUUCUUUCUUGAAUGCAGAAGGAUAUAACACACUAGUUUUGUUUGAAGAGAUGGGAGGAAACCCAUCGCUUGUCAGUUUCCAAACUACUAGAGUAGGAAGUGUUUGUGCUAACGUCUACGAAAAAACAAUUAUUGAGCUUUCAUGCGACAGAAAACCCAUUUCUGCCAUCAAAUUUGCAUCCUUUGGUAACCCAGAUGGCAAUUGUGGAUCUUUUGAAAAAGGAACUUGUGAAUCAAGUAAAAACACGGCCGAUAUUCUCACACAAGAAUGUGUUGGAAAAGAGAAGUGUUCCAUUGAUGUCUCAACAGAAAAGUUUGGUGCACCAGAUUGCAGUGGUGCUCCUAGAAGGCUUGCAGUCGAAGCUAUAUGUUAA